AUGGAAACGCAAAUACGAACGGCGUUGGAGACGCUUCAAACCGGCGACAAAGUCAUCAUCAACGGUGUUGUUGAUGACGUUCAUCAACCCAAAAUACAAGUAAAUUUUUUCGAUCAUGGAUUGGAUCAAAAUACUUCUUAUUAUGAUCAUCCAAUCGCCUUGUCGAUUGUCAUGGACGGCAAGGACAACAUUUGCUUUAUGAGAGAAAAAGACGGCAAUUGGACAGUUCUUCAGACCGCAAAAGGCUUUCGUCUAGCUGGCGGAGAGCUGUUUUCCAUUACUGUUGGGUUUCGUUUAUACGAAGAUAAAAAGGGAAUUCGGUUCACCUUCAAUAAGAAGAAGCCAAUUGAUGUAAUUGUGGACAUGAAAUCGAGCCAGGUGGUGGAAUUCUCAGGAGACAUUGAAAGCUUAUCGACCUUCAAAAUCGACCAUUCAGCCAGACUUCCAAUUUUGAGGGAUGUGAAUCUGAGCACAGGUAUCUUCUUUUGUCACCUAUUUUAGCUAACAAGGGAAGUACUCCAAGUGCGACGCUCCGAUUUUCUUUAGAUUUUGAACAUACUUUGCCCAUGUAUCAGUUCGAAAAAUCUCGGACCAUAAAAUUUUUUUUCCAAUAAUUUUGAAUUGCAAUUUUCCCGCCGUUUUGGCAAUAUUUUGGCAUUGUUCUUUGACUCGUUUUAUCGUUGCCAGAAAACAUUUUGAGCAGCAAAAAGCCUUUUUGAUCCCCAUAGAGCCACAAUUACAUCUUGUUGCAUAAUGCCAAAAUUGACAUCCCAUUUUUCGUUUCAAGACAAAAUUUUUCUUUUCAUGGAAAGGAUUGGGCCUAAAAUCUCUAAUAUUGAAUCCGAAGCCCGGCCCCAGAAAAAUUAGGUGAAGCCCAAGCGCGGAUCCAGAAAAGGUUGGCCCGGCCCUUUCCGGAAUAUCCGAAGCCCGGUCCCUGCCCUGUCUGGAAAAAAAUAAUUCUAAAAUUGGGGUAAAUUUCAUGAAAACCUGAUCAUAACGCAGUCAUUACCCUUAUCUUAAAGUAAAGCUUUUUUCAGGCAGGGUUGUGGACAUAACGUUUUCAACAAGUUCAUCGGGAUCGCUAAACAUCUACUUCCAGAACCACCAGAACUUCAUUUCGCUGUGGAUCUUGGUCGACGUUGCGGAGGGCAGCAUUUCCUUUGAUUCACUUCUUGCGAACACAGAGAGUUCUCCGGAAAAAGUUUCGAAAAAGAUUUAUCCAAACAACUUGCAUGUUCUAAGGGUUGUCAACGAAGUCGCUUGUGUCAAAAUCUCUCUCGACGGGGAGGAAAUUAAGUGCUACAGACAUCGUGUUCAACGCCCCUAUCUUGAAUACAAACAGCUCUACGUUGAUCCGGGAGAUACAAUAAUUGAAAACAUUGGUGAAGGAGAAAUCUAG